GGCUGCUCCAGGGUCUCUCUCCCGGGUUCAAAAACGAAUCUGUGCCUGUGGCAGGCUAGCAGAGCCCCCAGCAGCGCUGCUCAGUCGGGCGUUGCUCGUUAGCAGCCCUCCGGAGGUGUCAGCUCUUUGCUCUUGCUUGUUUUGUGACUGCUGACAAAUGCUCUAGCAAUGCUUCUGUUGCAGAGACCUCAGAAAGACCACGCUGGGUCAGUGUGUUUUAUUGCGGUGGAUUCCACUUUGAAAUCUCUGGAUUUAUCUUGUGAGCCGUGGUUGCAGACCUAACAGUGCUAUCAUUGCACUGCACCCUUGAAAGGCUCUUAAGGCUGUGGCGCCCUGGCUGAAAUCACUCGUGAUUAGUGAAGCAGUAACGCCAGCAUGUCUGGAAUCAAGAGAGUGAUUGAGGAGAAGGACCCCGACUAUGAGGAGAUUUCAGUUGCGCAUCCAAGUAAACGUCACAAAGCAGCUGAACGGUCAGCUCGAGAUGCUGCUGUGCAGAAGAUUGAGACAAUUAUUAAAGAGCAGUUUUCUGUUGAAAUGAAGAAUAAGGAACAUGAAAUUGAAGUCAUAGAUCAGCGCCUGAUCGAGGCAAGAAGAAUGAUGGAUAAGCUGCGUGCCUGCAUUGUGGCUAACUAUUAUGCAUCUGCUGGUCUUCUUAAAGCAGGAGAGGGAACCAAGACAUGUGACUCUAUGGUUUUUAACCAUCCUUCAAUCAAGAAGUUCUUGGAAUCACCAUCCAGAUCAUCCUCUCCUGCUAACCAGGGAUCAGAUACUCCAUCUGCCAAUCACUCAGAAAGUGACUCGCUAUCUCAACACACUGAUUUCCUUCUGGACAAAGACAAUGGCAAUCUAGAUGUGGAAGAACGAUUGACGAAUAACCUGGAUCAGAGACCAAAUAGAGGCACUGGACGGGACACUUCCGGUGUUUUGAGCGCUCAGAAAGCAGGGCAGCGAAAUGCUGGUCUGUCAAGUGAGGAGACGUCGCGGCUCUUUGUGAAGAAAACAAUAGUUGUUGGCAAUGUCUCCAAGUACAUUCCUCCUGACAAGAGAGAGGAGAACGAUCAGUCAACCCAUAAAUGGAUGGUGUAUGUAAGAGGCUCUCGGAGAGAACCCAGCAUAAAUCAUUUUGUCAAGAAAGUUUGGUUCUUCCUUCAUCCCAGUUAUAAACCCAAUGAUCUGGUGGAAGUCAGAGAGCCUCCAUUCCACUUGACGCGACGUGGCUGGGGAGAAUUUCCUGUGAGGGUUCAGAUACAUUUCAAGGACAGCCAGAACAAGAGGAUCGACAUCAUACACAAUCUGAAGUUGGACAGAACCUACACUGGCUUGCAGACACUUGGUGCUGAAACGGUAGUGGAUGUGGAGUUACAUCGGCAUUCCCUUGGAGAGGAAUAUCUCUUUUCCCAGUCAUCUGAGUCUGACCUUUCUGAUGUCCCCACCUCUCUCCCACUACCACUAAGCAUACCAGCACCCGUUAAAGCAUCUUCUCCAAUUAAACAGUUGCAUGAGUCCAGUCCAGAUGCUUCUGUAGAAAAAGGAUUCCCUGGGAACGCUGAGACCGAAAGACAUACAACGUUUUAUUCUCUGCCCUCUUCGAUAGAACGGACUCCCACUAAAUUAACACAGAAGGUCGCCUUUGGCUCCCAUGGAAAUUCGGCUUUUCAGCCAAUUGCAGCUAGUUGCAAAAUUGUGCCUCAGGGUCAGAUCCCAAGCCCAGCAGAAUCACCUGGAAAAUCCUUCCAGCCAAUCACCAUGAGCUGCAAGAUUGUGUCAGGUUCUCCAAUAUCGACCCCUAGUCCAUCUCCGCUACCUCGUACCCCAACCUCCACCCCGGUGCACAUGAAGCAAGGGUCUGCUAGCUCCGUCAUUAAUAACCCCUUCAUUAUUGUGGACAAGCCUGGACAGCUGGUUGGAGCAGCAGCCACAAGCACAGGAAGCCCAACAAGCAAACUGACAAAUGUUUCUCAGGCCGUUCACGGAACUGGAUCUCCAGUCUCAAAGAUCCAUGGAAGCAGUUUUGUAACCUCUGCUGUCAAGCAGGAGGAUUCUUUAUUUGCAACAAUGCCACCUCUUUGUCCAAUUGGGAGUCAUUCCAAGGUUCAGAGCCCUAAAUCUGUGACAGGAGGACUUGGAGCUUUUACGAAGGUGAUAAUAAAGCAGGAGCCAGGAGAGCUGCCCCAGCAACCACAGAUGGCAGUAACUGGAACAGCCUCGCAGCCAUCAGUGCAGCAGUAUGUCACGGUGAAGGGGAGUCAUAUGAUAGCUCUGUCACCUCAGAAGCAGAUUGUGAGCACAAGCGAGGGCACCACACAGUCUAAGGUUGUUGGAGUUCCAGUUGGUUCUACUUUACAGUCAACAGUAAAACAAGCAGUGGCCAUCAGUGGUGGACAGAUACUGGUGGCUAAAUCCAGCUCUUCAGUAGCAAAGGCUGUUGGUCCAAAACAGGUUGUAACCCAAGGAGUAGCAAAAGCCAUUGUGAGUGGAGGUGGUGGAACAAUAGUUGCCCAACCUGUGCAAACUUUGACAAAAGCUCAGGUGACUUCUGCAGGGGUUCAGAAAAGUGCAUCACAAGGGUCAGUGAUGGCUACGCUCCAGUUACCAGCCACCAACCUGGCAAACUUGGCAAAUUUACCACCUGGCACCAAACUCUACCUCACCACCAACAGCAAGAACCCUUCAGGAAAAGGAAAACUGCUUCUGAUACCCCAAGGAGCCAUACUGCGAGCCACAAAUAAUGCUAAUCUCCAGUCAGGCUCUUCGACAAGCGGAGGAGCUGGAGGAGGAAGUGGAGGAACACAAAGCACGAGUAGUGGCUUGUCCCAGCAUCUCACCUACACGUCCUACAUCCUCAAACAGACCCCACAGGGCACGUUUUUGGUUGGCCAGCCUUCUCCCCAGAGUUCUGGAAAGCAGUUAACAUCAACGUCAGUUGUCCAAGGCAAUGUAGGUGUCGGAGCAUCUUCCACCCAAGGACAGCAGGCAUUAAAAGUAAUAACUGGACAGAAAACAGCUUUAUUUACCCAGGCAGCUCCCAGCGGACAGGCAUCGCUGAUGAAAAUAUCAGACGGCUCCUUAAAAUCAGUGCCGGUUUCAUCCCAGCUCUCCAAACCUGGCACCACAGUGCUCAGAGUAUCUGGAGGGGUGAUCACUGCAGCCACCACCCCAGCCAUGUCCCUCCCUGCAAAUGGUGUUGCACAGCAAGUGGAUACUGCAGGUUCCAGUUCAUCUUCCAUCGUAGGUCCUGUGGCAAAAGUGUCUGGACAGCAGCACCAAAUUUGUGUAAACCAGGGCCAAUCUGGUUCAUCAGUAGCUACUAAAACUACUACGUCUACUGUUGUAAGUGUUGCUUCCUUGGUGACUACACCAGCUUCUGGGUCGGGCAAAGCUGCAGUAUCAGGGUUGCUAAAGAUCCACUCCAAUCAAUCUAGUCCACAGCAGGCUGUUCUGACAGUACCAAGCCACCUCAAACAACUUGGUGUCAAUACUGCUUCUGGAGGUGUCCAGACCAUCCUGAUGCCUGUGAACAAAGUGAUACAGUCUCUUUCUGCCACCAAAGUGUCUGCAGUAACUGCUGUAACUACAGCCAGUUCGGUUGUUCUCAGCCCCUCCACAGCAUCUGUCACCAAAGUUAAGAUGGAGCCUGAUUCCUCAGGGCAGAAUUGCAAUGCUGUGGUCUCCCCGGAAGGUCAAGCAGCAGUGAAAACAGAAGAGAGCUCAGAACUUGGAAAUUAUGUUAUCAACAUAGAAUAUUUGGAGAAUGUCCAGCAGCUUUUAACAGUGAUCGUGAAGAAGGUUCCAUUAAUUGCUGAGAAAAGUGAGGAUGCCAGUUCUUUCUGUGCCAGUUCGGUGGAACAGUAUUAUAGUUGGAAUAUUGGAAAGCGAAGGGCAGCGGAGUGGCAGCGAGCAAUGACGGUGAGAAAAAUCCUUCAGGAAAUCAUAGAGAAGCACCCCAGAUUUCACAACAUCACCCCUCUGAAAACAAAGCACGUGGUGCAUUGGUGCCGUUGCCGUGGCUACACCCCACCUGACCCCGAAACCCUGAGGAACGAGGAGGACUCCAUUGAAGAUGUGCUGACUCAGAUAGACAGUGAGCCAGAAUGUCCAUCGUCUUAUACCAGUGGGGAAGAACUGUGCCGAAAACUGGAGGAGCUGCAGCAGUUUCUGAAACGGGAACCAGAACAUGAGGAGGAAGUGGAUAUCCUUAGCUUUACUGAGCCACUGAAAAUAAACAUUAAAAAGGAACAAGAAGAGAAACAAGAGGAGAUGAAAUUCUACUUGGCAUCCUUGCCUGCAUCAGAAUUUGUGCAGGACACAGCAGAGAAGAUAGGGAUUUCUUUUCAGCCUGUUGAGGUGCACAAGAAUGUUUAUGCAUCAGUUAUAGAAGAUAUGAUUUUAAAGGCCACCGAACAGCUUGUGAAUGACAUCCUGCGACAAGCGCUGGCUGUUGCUUACCAGACAGCUCCUCACAACAGGACUCCAAGAGAGAUCACAGUGAUGAAUAUUCACCAGGCCAUCUGUAAUAUUCCCUUUCUUGAUUUCCUUACAAACAAACACAUGAAAAUACUAACUGAGGAACAGUGAACAUUACCGGAGAAGAUACUAUAGAAAAGAUGGAUUUAAGACUGAACUUUUGGCAGCAAAACCUCUAUUUCUGUAGAUCACUGUUAUAUACAUUUUAUAGUGUUGGGCUACUAGAUUGUUACCUCCAAUUAAAGAUGCACCUUAAUGCAACAAAAUGAUGGUCGGUUCCAAAUCAAGUUGUUGGAUUUCAGCUUUGACUCAGUAAGUGUAUGUUCAGUGGCUGAACAUAUGUAGUCAGUGUGAGUUAGGUUGCUAACUGUGAAAGACUUGCUACCAAAUUGAUCUUGGACCUCUGACUGGAUAUAUCAUUGCAGAGGUUAUGCAUUUUUAGGAUGAAAAUAAUUCUUUGUUACUUCUGUUCCCAUUUGAUUUAAUCCAUAGACAAGUACAAGCAUAACUGUUUUUUUCAAAUCGGAGAAUAGCUGAAUUGCUUGUGGCUACAUGCAAAGGCAAUUUUUAAAGUUGGUUUGUUGAGUGGUUGUGGCAAACUUCACAGUUACACUUUGAACUGCAGGAACACGACUCCUGACACACAGCAGAACAUGCCAUAUACAGCCACUUUAACAUGUAACAUCCUCCCUCAUGAGAGAAUGGUGGACCAGUCCAUUCUUGGACCUCCCCGCCAUAGGAGGUUGGAAAUGUGUCCAGGAGGAGUGACCAGGGUGAAAUUUAGAGGAGACUGGCUGAGUAUGUGACCUGCAUGAAGAAGAAAGUGAAGUGACAUGGAUUCCCAGCUUGUUUCAUGAGGCCAGUGCUCAGUUUUUCUGUUCAGGGUCCUUUGCUUGCAUAGUAAAUACUGAUCCAUGCUUCUGGAAGAUUCCCGAGUAGUGUAUUACUGGAGCUGGAGAGUAUUACUAACUCCAUCUUACUGAUGCUGCAAAAUGUUGAUGGGCUCAGAUUGUGAGGGAACUGGCUGUAACAAUGCCUAGGUUCCAGCUGUGUGCACAAGCAAGCUGCUGUAUAAGAUCACGAAACCACAGCUCCCUUUGUUUGUGGGAGUCUCUCUUGUGCCUUGGGAGAGGGAAGUUUAACAUCCAACUGGACGACUUACCUGUCUUUGCAUUUUUUCACAGGAACCCCUACAGCCCUCCAACUGCCACUUGGCUUAAGAAGGUUUAACUGGCAAAUGAUAAGCCUUCCCAGUAUCUUGGUCAGUACUGUAGCCUGACAGAGUUAAGACUAGUGGGGCCAAAAAUUUUACUCUUCUCUAAUCCUUAUGGGACUUCCUAAGUCCAUGUUGUUUUUGAGGUGGUACUGUCUAAAGGAUUGAGUGUGGAGUGGACUGAGAGAGCGAGCCUUCCCAGUUCUGAUCCCAGCCAGGUCAUUGAUUCACUGCGUAGCCUUGGACAAGUCAUUCAGUUGUUCUGUGCCUCAAGUUCCCCAUCAGUAGAAUCGGGGCUAGUGAUACCUACCUCACGGGAGUGUGCUGGGGCCUUGCUAAUGUUCCUGCAGUACUUUGAAUACAUAAAGCAUUAUCAAGAGAUAAAAAUGAUCACUUGGGGAGCUGGCAGGGCAUGGUAGUCUGUUACAAAAUAGAUAGUGCAGUGCUAGAAGGUUAACAGUGUUGAUGCCAGUAGCUCUACAGUUAAUCACAAGUGUACAGGCAUUGUGGAGGAAGGAUUCAGCUAAAAAUGAACCACUCCAGGCUUUCAAGGAGCUGUUACAAACCAAAUAAAGAUUAAUUUAAUUCUUUUUAUAGCUACGGAAGAUGCCUGGCCCCACAGCCCUUGUCAGGCCAGAUUCUGUUGCUCUUCGUGCAACUUAGUAUAUUGGCCUCUAAGAUAGGCCAUUGAGUAAAUCAUGAUUGGAGUACAGUACAACACAACUUGAAUGAGAAUGGCAGGAUCUGGUCUUUAACUCUGAAAACGGGACUGUGGAGAGGGAUCUGGACUGGACCACGUGAAAGGAGCCAAGGCCUGCAUGCUGCAAGGCAUUGUAAAUUCAAGAUCUCUUGCUUGUGCUGGUGAGUGCCCACAGGAUCACUUGUGUUGUUGACAGCUCACAGUAUGGCCCUUGCUUUAGUUUUUAGAACAAGAAUGGUUCUGGAGAAGCACAGCUUUGGGGAUUUUUGCUGGAACACAGUGAAUAGCCAGUGCAGAGGGUGAAGUUAGUUGAGGGACUUAAGGCUUUCUCAGCUUGAUGGUUUAUCUGUAGGCUACAGUGAAAUGAAACAUCUCCUACACCUUUAGGAUGCCUCUGUGCACAUCUUGUAGGUUAGGAGAUAAAGGUGUGGGCAGCAGAUCUUAGGACAGGACAACAGCAACUAUGCAGCUGCAGUUUGUAAAGGGGCUUCUGUAGUGCAGAGACUGCCGUGGAUUUAUUCCUAAGCAAACAGGCUUAAGAGAGUUACCCUAGGAGAGUAAUAAUCACCUAUGAAAUCUGCUAAGAAAACUAUCCACAAAAACCAAAAGCGGGUCCCAGGAAUGAUGCAUUUAUUUAGUUCUCCAAAAUUAGAACAUUUUUGCAAGUAGGUCUUUUGAAUUUUCAUGGGUGAUGGGAGAGAAUUUUUUGCAAAAAAAACCCCCCAAACCAACAAUCUCUUCCAUAAGAAUUGCAUGGAAGCAAGUUAGUGUUGCACACCUCCAAGUGUGAGGUUGUGAAAAUUGGUAUAUAUCAAGACAAGUAUGGAAGAAAUUGGAAUGUUACUUAAAUAUUCCCAAACAAGCACUCUGGCUUUUUUUUUUUUUUUUAAGUCUUAAUAAAUCAAAGAUCUCCUUACAUACAUUGUCCAUAUUUGUACUGUUGAGUGUUCAGAUCCUCCAUGUUAUCUGUAUUAUAAUGUAUAAUUGUGUAAUAUACGUAAGUUUACAAUAAAUUCU